GGAAGAUGAGGGUUAAAACCUGAAGCUGUAAACAUAUUGUGAGCGCAGCAAUAAGGACAAGCUGAGCGUCGCGCACGAUGACUUCCACCAGCCAUAAUGAAUGUUCCGGGUUGAGGGUGGUAUUUGCAUUUGUUUAUGAAUCCACUCAUCUAGAAAAGCUUGACACCUAUCAACGCCCACACCUCCAAGCCGCGCACCGUCGCGUCGUUUGUUAAUCCUGCUGCAAUGGAAGUGAAUGGAAGAAAACGCCAGAGAGAAGAGGACCAGCUCCCAAGUGUUACUUAUCUCGUCGGAGAUAGGUCUUUUGAUAGACUUUUCAAGGAACAAUCUCUCGAAGAAAUACAGAAUGUGGUACGGCGAAAACUGCAGCUACCGUCAAACUCGACGGUCAAGCUAAAGCAGUUGCGUGGUGGCAAGGUUAUAGACUUGGAUGACGAUGAUGAUUUCGAUGCGUUCUCCUCGCGAGCGAGAUUGAUGAAAUUGGUGGAUGUUGCGGUAGAGAUUUCAACCCCUCCUGCACAGGAAGCCACACCUUCCAACAGCGCAGGGGCCGCGUCAAAAAAGUCUGAGACGGACGUGGCGAAGAAGAAACGUAAAACCAAUAAUGGCCAGCCUCCUAAGGAUGGCAAUACGACGACUAUGGCACACGAACCGAAAACUAAGAAACGGAAGACAGAUCAACUCGCAGUGACCAUACAUGCAGAGACUGUGCCAACUUCCAAGGAGCCCGCCCCAGUCAGCCCUUUAGUAGAAUCCUCACUGAAGCCCUCUACGAAAGCCGAAGUCUUGAUAAGCUCCAAAGCGCCCGUCCCCACCGACGGAGAACCGCCGAAGAAGAAAGCAAAAACUGCGAAGGCCAGUACGGCCAAUGAUGCUGCAGAGAAGCCACCAAAGAAGACCAAGAAGCCGAAGGAGGCCGAAAAGACCAAUGAGACCUCAAGCCUACCGGUAUCAGAUGUCGAGGCAGUCCCGGCUCCUUCUGGUCUCUCAGCACCGCCAAAGAAAUCAUCAGGGACGAAGAAGAUUGCCACAAAAACGUCGGCUCUUCAGUCUGAAGCUAAAGGCGAGAAAUCUGCGAACGGUGCAGUUGAUAGCGCAGCUGGCUCUGAAAAAAAGAAGAAGAGCAAGGUAAAGGGUAAAGAAGCUGAAAGUGAACCAGCUCCAAGCAAACCAGCUCAUAAGACAUCUGCUCCCACAAAAGGCCACAAGAAAGUUGCAAUCGCGGGAGCUUCAGAAGCUCCGGCCCCGAAAGAAAACUAAGAAAAGCAAAGCAACAAAGUCCGCGGCUUCUGAUGCCGAUGAUCAAUAGCUGACCCACCUGUCAAUCCAAUAAAUAUUCAAGACAUUGUGAAUUCAAUAGCACGUGCCUCGCAGGGGUUGGCUAAACAGAAUAAUACCAAUACUGAGGUGAAUUCGGUUAACAUUUCCCAGCCGUCCACUUCGCUGGCCCCCUCUGUAAUUAC